CUCCAGGGUCCCGGACCUUCGUCGAAGAAUCCAUCUAUGAUGAGUUUCUCGAGAGAACUGUGGAGAAAGCUAAGCAGAGGAAAGUUGGGAACCCCUUUGCGCUGGACACCCAGCAGGGGCCCCAGGUGGACAAAGAGCAGUUUGAACGAAUCCUGGGCUAUAUCCAGCUUGGCCAGAAGGAGGGGGCAAAACUUCUCUGUGGUGGGGAGCGUUUUGGGGAGCGUGGUUUCUUCAUCAAGCCUACGGUCUUCGGUGGUGUGCAGGAUAACAUGAGGAUCGCCAAGGAGGAGAUCUUCGGGCCUGUGCAGCCCCUGUUCAAGUUCAAGACGAUUGAGGAGGUGAUUGAGAGGGCCAACAACACCAGGUAUGACUUGGCUGCUGCUGUGUUCACCCAGGACCUGGACAAGGCCCUGUACUUCACACAGGCACUCCAGGCUGGGACAGUGUGGGUAAACACCUAUAACGUCGUCACCUGCCACACGCCAUUUGGAGGCUUUAAGGAGUCUGGCAAUGGGAGGGAGCUGGGGGAGGAUGGGCUGAAGGCCUACACGGAGGUGAAGACAGUCACCAUCAAGGUUCCACAGAAGAACUCCUAAGAAUGGCCACCAUGAGACUCAACUCCAGGCUAAGGGUUCCACAGAUACUUACCAGUAGUUGCCAAACAUUUUUUAGCCCCUUUAUUUGUUCCAAGUGAACUCUUAGAACCUCAACAAAUGAAACCAUUAAAAUCAGAGCUUCUCUAAAGCAGGGGUGGGGGGCUGGGCUCAGUCCUAUCCAUCUGCACCCCAGCCCCAGGCCCCUUGGAGGCCCUGAGUAACUUCCAUGAAAACGUAGGAGUCUCUGGAAGAUAGAUUAAAACCACUGAUCUGGACUUUUAGUUCUUCCUUCUGAUCCAAGGACUUCCU